AUGGCUUUGCCCAACCAGCAAACCGUGGAGUACCCGAGUUUCAAACUCGUAAUCGUCGGUGACGGUGGUACAGGAAAGACAACCUUUGUGAAAAGGCAUCUUACUGGGGAAUUCGAGAAGAAAUAUGAACCAACAAUCGGUGUGGAAGUUCACCCAUUGGAUUUUUUCACCAACUGUGGAAAGAUUCGAUUCUACUGCUGGGAUACUGCUGGACAGGAGAAGUUUGGUGGCCUCAGAGAUGGAUACUAUAUUCAUGGGCAAUGUGCGAUUAUCAUGUUUGAUGUUACUGCCCGAUUAACAUACAAAAAUGUCCCUACCUGGCAUCGUGAUCUUUGCAGGGUCUGUGAAAACAUUCCAAUUGUUCUUUGCGGUAACAAGGUUGAUGUCAAGAACAGGCAGGUGAAGGCAAAACAGGUUACCUUCCACAGGAAGAAGAACUUGCAGUACUAUGAGAUCUCAGCCAAGAGCAACUACAACUUUGAGAAGCCAUUUUUGUAUCUUGCUCGUAAACUUGCAGGUGAUCCUAACUUGCACUUUGUAGAAUCCCCAGCAUUGGCUCCACCUGAAGUUCAAAUUGAUUUAGCUGCACAACAACAGCAUGAAGCUGAGCUUGCUGCAGCUGCCAGUCAGCCCCUUCCUGACGAUGACGAUGACACUUUUGAGUAG